AUGGAAGCCGAGGGCGGCCUCAACUGGGGCCGGGUGGUGGCGCUGGUCGUGUUCGCCGGCAACUUGGCGGCGGCGCUGGCCGAGCGCGGCGCUCGCGACCAGACGGCCGCUCUGGCGGAGGCGCUGGCCGCCUACUUGGCCGGGGAGAAGCGAGAGUGGCUGGAGGCGCACGGCGGCUGGGUAAGCGCACGGACAAGGGGGCGGCCAGCCGGGCGGGCGGGAGGGCAGGCAGGCGCGACCCCCUUCCCUUCCCUUCCCCACCCCGCCCCCUCCCGCUCCUCCUGCGACAUCCAUGGCGCCCCCUCCCCAUCAUCACCAUUCUUUUAGGCAACCUCCCGCUUUCGCCGCCGGCUGCCGAACGGACCGAGCCUUUUCUCGGCUCGCGCAGCAAUGGCUGCGCUUCCGUCCCCGAUCUGGCCUUGGCCGCUUUCCCUUUGCCCACCCUCCCUCCUCCUCCUCCUCGCUCCCAAUGCCUGCAGCGCUGUGGGGUGGGAGGGUGAGGAAGAUGAAUCGGGUUCCCUCCCCCCCCCAUUGUUGCACGCUACCGAGCGCAAAGGAGCGCGCAACCGUAGGAAGCCGUAGCGUUCCUUUGGGUACCCCUUUCUCUUCCGGAGGUUUGGGGGGGCGGCUGUGCACGCCUUAUGGUGCUUUUGCAAUCUCACCCGCUGCGCCCCGCUUCCUGUAGCAGAGCCGGCCCGAUGCCCACCUCCCAUUCUGCAGGGCCCACCGCCCGCCCGCCCCUUCCCAGUCCUGGACGCGGACUCCUCGCUGGGAAUGACCUUGGCACGCGCGCUUCGCCAGCUGACUUCUCGCUCCGGCGCUUUAAUACGCACAUUACCUUCCCUCCUCCCGCCCCACCAUCCUCUCCAAAAAAUCUAAGGCUUUUCUUUCAUAUGGGGUGGCGAGCAGCGCCUCCUUUUGCUUCCCUCUCCCCAUAACCCCAGUACAGACCACAAGGGGAGCAGCGACGUACAGGAGAAGGGGGGGGGGGCGAGAGAAAGAGGAAUGACUGCUAGGGAGGCCUGGAUAAUUUUUUUCCCAUAUAAGGGAAGCAGAAGGCUGUGACAAACCGUGAGAAAGAGCUUUGAUCGGGCGUCUGUUCUCAUUUCUCUCUUCCCCGUCCCCCUUUCCCAUUCCAUAUUGUGGUCUUUGUCCCUCUUAAAUUAGGCUGCUUUGGUGUAUCUUGGUCUUGCAGCAACCAAAUGGGUGCCCUUGCUCAGAAACGAUGCUCCAUUUUGAGUUUUCGCUUCUGGGGCAACUGCAGGGCAUAUGCCCAGCUGGCUAGCAAUUUGCUGGGCGCUGACACAGAGAGAGCUCAGGUUCUUCCCUUGAAAUCAGUUGUACAACCAAAUGUAUCUGUUUGACCUUAACACUUGGUUGGGCGUCUUCAGAACUUGGGAUACUUUCAGAAGGACCUGGGUGGCAGGAAGACUUGAACUGAGGGGGAAGGUGUGAAAUCGAGGUGCCCUGCAAAAGCUUGGCCUGUGUCGCCUCUUUCAUUUUUGCUUUGCUUUGCUUUACGUUCUGCAAACCAUGAGCAUUUGAAACUUGCUUUAAAAAACAACAACACAACAGUGCAAAGCUUUUUUCCAAAGAAGCAAGCAGAAUCUGCAUAGAUGCAUGGGAUUCAGGCAGCUCCAUAGAUAGAAGGUAUUGGGAGUCUAGGCUGCUUGGCUACUAGCAAUCUAAUGAUGGAAGGCAGUAAAAACUUUGCUCUGAGGGUCUUCCACUGGCACAGUUUCUGCGCUGUGUUUGUACUCUGAUCUGUCAAUCUGAAAACAGCAGUGCAAAGCCCCAUGCUCUGUUCUCCUCUAUCUGGACAUGGUCUGGAGCAACAAGGUAGCUGUGUCCUUCAGCAGAGGCUGCUCCUGCAAAUGUGCGUUGGUGCACCAGACAUGGUGAUCUCACCUGUCUGCACUGCAGAUAGGGCCCCUGGGGUGGAUUUACUGGCUUCUACAUACAUGUGGGGCAUCCACCAUUCUGCAUAUCCUCUUGCUGGGUGUCCUCAAGAGGUGGACGCCUAGUCUUAAAAAACAACAGCAUCCACCCAGUGGUAACUUCAAAGGUGGCUCUAGAUGAGAGCUAUGGCUUGCCUACAGGUUUUUUAGCUCAGCAGCAGGUGCAGUGCAGCUGGCUUGCAUUAAUUUUCUUCCCGCUGUUAAUUUAGCCAUGUUGUUCAAAGCAAGAGCCAUGCCCCACAGGAAGUGUGGAUGCCCCGGGGUCAAAUGGUGGGUGGAUCUUAGCCCUUCUUCCUUAGCAAAGGAGCGUUAUUGUUAUCUCUUGCUCAGUGCAUUCAAUUAUACAAUCAUUACGACCAGCUGCAAGGAAGCUCCCCUUGGCUGGCCGAAGUGGUUUUCCAAGAGAAGGCAGUAUAAGAACAUGGGGAGCUGCUGUAUUCUGAGUCAGGCCAUUGGUCCAUCUACCUCAAUAUUGUCUACACUGACAGGCAACAGCUCUCUGGGGAUUUGGGCAGGAGUCCCAUUUCCCUUCCCAACCUGGGGGUUGAACUUGAACCCUUCUCCAUGCAAAGCCAAUGCUCUACCACUGAGGUAUAGUCCUUCACCAAAUAAAGGUGUAGCUUGAUUUCUUAGCAUGGAUAGGUGUGUUCUCCUAUAACAGAGUGGGGAACCUCAGGCCUGGGAGAUCAGACGUGACCCUCCAGGCCUCUCUGUUUGGUCCUUGGGACUUUCCUCCAGGCCACAUCACUCACAAGCCCUGCUUCAAACCUUCCUUGAUUGUGUUUGCCUGCCUUGUCCUUGAAUGCCGAGCAUGUUGCUUAUGUGUCUGGAAGGUCAGAUAAGAGAGCUGUUAUGUCUUGAAACUAGCCUGUUGUGCAAAGGAAUUUGCCUCCAUUGCUCUGCCCACUUUUGACACUGACCUGCAGCCCCAGGAAGGUUGCAGAGAAGAGUGCAUAUAUGAUCCUCGGGCUGAAAAGGCUUCUCCAUCCCUGCCCUGCAGGCUUUGGGGAUGUAUCUUUGCAAAGGAAGACUGGGAAAAGUCUGAGCCACCUCUUCUUCAUCCCAUCACAGCUUGAAUGAAGACUGCCCCUUUGAAGAGUGGGCUAGAAAGAGUGUGGCUGGUACCCUGUUUGUUGGAUUUAUUUCAUAAAAUGUAUACACCGCUUGAAUGUAAAAAGAACAACAACCUUCAAAGCAGUUUACAAAAGAUAAAACAACCCUGUUUUAAAACAUACAAAAGUUAAAAUACUAAAACAGAUUAAAAUUGCUCAACUUUCUAAGCAUCUGGGUAGGCUUAUCUAAACAGAAAUGUUUUUAGCAGGUGCUGAAAACAGUACACUGAAAGCACCACCAUGAUCUCUAGGCAGGGAGUUCCAAAGUUGUAGGCACUGCUAAACGAUUUGGGUUAUUACAAAUGUGAAACGGGUAUUUCAUGGCACCUGUACACCAGGGAAUAUCUUGCAUGUUGCCAUUGUACUUGAGAUCAUAGAAAACUGAACUGGCAUCUGAGUUCUACAAAAUGGGUUCUUGUAAUACUGAUAGGAGCUAUCACAGUUUUGCCUAAACCUUGAUUGCAGUGUUAGAAACUCAGAUAUAUAAGCUAGGCGCCAAAUGGCUCCUUAAACCAGGGUUACAGUUGCCAAAAUGGACUGUCUGGUUGCUGAUUUGAGGCCAGGUGGCUUGAUAGUUGUAUUUUUCAAGACAACUUUUUGGUUCCUGAAAUUCAUUCUGAUUGUUCAAAUAAAAUAUAACGGACAGAAUUCUACAGGAUGUGUUGCUAGUGUGUGAAAGCAGUCAAGAUCCAAGGAUCCCCAGGCAUGCACCUCCAGAUGGUGGAGACGUCAGACGCCAUCCUGGCACCCAGGCAUCUUCACUUGGUCACAGGCAGCUGAUAGCCAGCUGCAAAAUGCGCCUGGCAAAUUUCAAAUGCUGGUUGACUGAUGAAAGUUCUAUGUAGCUGAUAUCGUGUACAUACAUAUAAGAUGCUAAGAUACUCAGGAGUCUGGCCAUUUGGGAUUUAAAAUAUGAGUACGUUGGAAGCUUUAUCUGGAACAAAGUGUGUCACCCGUGGCUAACAUCUUGCAAUCAACUUGGCUUCCUCUUGCUGCUGUUGCGCUUCAACAACUCCCAUCAGCCCCAGCCAUCUUGGCCAGUGGUAAGGGAUGACUGGAGCCUAGUAGCAACAGCUGGAGGGCACCAUGUUGGCUGUCCUGGUGCACAGAAUAGGUGUUACAAGCUCAACAACCGGUCGUGUAUGAACUGUAUUCUGGACCAGCUGAAAUGGCAGUGAUGCGCUCAAGGGCCAAACCAAUGGCAAGUCACCUACGUGCGGCUUGCAAGAGCCUAACAGUUGCACAGUUGGUCAAGGAAGCUUUGUUUUGUGCAAAGUGCUUUGUUGUUGUUGCCAAGUACAGAAUGCUUUGUAUAAAUACACUAGCCGGCAACAACCAACUAGGGCUGGGCGAUAACAGCUUUUCAGAAUCACGGUUUAUCGCCAGCUAAACAUCAUGGUUUGACGUUAUACCGCGAUGCUGAAAAAACAAAGGUGCGUUGGCCUCUGCCCACGAGACACUGGGUGAAACUACUCCAGCUCUCAACUCAAGAGCUGAGGCGGUUUCACCCAGGCACUCGUGGGCUGGGCAUGCACCACUCAGCUGGGGGGAGGGAAGGUUCCCCCUCCCCAGCUGAGACAGCCCCGGUGCUCUCGCCACUUGCAAGCGGAGCAUCAGGGCUCCUUUAACUGCUUGCUGUAGGGAGUCCCCACUCUGCCACCGGCUUGUGGGAGCCAGCACUGUGCUGGGGGAUCCUUUAACUACUGGACUGAGGCAAGGGUAGCUGCACAGUCCUAAGUUGAGCAAUUUAAAGAUGAAGAGGGAGGAACAAGCUGUAUCGGCACCUCACAGCUUGUUUCUCUCUCUGCGCCAUAUGAGGGCAGAGUGGGGUGGCGGUUUCACUCGAUAUAUCACAGGUGAAACCACUGCUACUCCUAAGUCCCUUGCUCUUGGCGCCUGCUGGAGGAAGGAAUUCUUGACCCCCUUCAGUGGACACUGCUAGCAGAGGGACCCGGGAGCUGUGGCAGUUUCACCAGCAAUGUACUGCUGAGUGAAGCCGACAUUGCAGUCUGCUCCUUAUACCGGUCCUAGGUGGAUAUAUCGCCCAGGCUUACAACUGACUUAGCAUGACUACUGGGUCUAGUCUCUGUGGAGCUACGAGUGUUGGGCAUGGAGGGGGAAUGGAUCUGUGGCCAAUAUUAGAAACUCAGAUAUGUAAGCUAGUCACCAAAUGGCACCUUAAACCCAUGUUGCAGUCGCCACAACAGUAUGUCUAGGCACCAUUCCCUCUCCACCCCCAGUGGGGUUCAUUAUUAUUAAUUUCACUUCUAUACUGCUUUAUAUUUUAAAGAAAAAACCUCAAAGUGGUUUAUAACACAUUAAAACAAUCCAGAAUAAAACAAAUUUAAGAUUCAAGGGAAAUACUGCAGACCCGUCUCUAAGUGACAUUUCCCUUUCCCCAUAUUUACACACCUACUUAAUUUAUAGAGCUGCCCCACAGCAGAAGAACUCUAGGAAGGCAGUGUGGUGUAGUGGUUAGAGUGUUGGACUAGGAGCUGGGAGAUAGGGGUUCAAAUCCCCAGUCAGUCAUGAAGCUAAGGGGGUGACCUUGAACCAGACACAGCCUCUUAACCUACCUCACAGGGUUGUUAUAGGGAUUAACUGAGGAGGAGUGGUGAGCCAUGUACUGCUUGUAGGAAAAGGGUGGGAUAUAAAUGCAGUAAAUAAGUUUAUCUGCUUAGCUGUUUAAGAAAGCUGGAGAUGCCAGCCAGAGGGAGAUCUCCUGAGAUCACAUGGUCACAGUUGGCACCUGGCACCUGGCUAAUUUCUAACGGUGCCUGUGGCCCUGGGCUUAUGAGAUGUAAGCAAGUGUCUAACUCUCCAAGGACAACCUUCCAACUUGUGCCCUUCGGCAGCUUGGGGUUCUGGAGGUCCUGCGUGCUGUGCAAUUCCUGGUCUUGAUCCCACAAGGAAAGGGUGAAGCUUGGUGGCAGAGCAUCAUUCUUGCACCCAUCAUCCACAGUCAGCAGGGACAGCAGUCGGGGAUGAUGGGAGUGGUAGUCGAGCAACAUCUGGGAACCCGAGGUUGAGAGGGGCUGGUGUAGGCAAUACUGAUCAAGGGGAUGACUCCGUAUAAGGCAUGUUUCUGUGAGUUAAGGGGGCACCUGCAUGGAACAGGGUUGAGGGUUGGGACUUCAGGGUGGAAUUCCAUUCUGUCUGAGAGUGCUAGGUGGGCCAGCAUGGUGGGGAGCAGUGAGAUCAUGGAGCCGCUGCUGUCCUUGGGGGUUGUGUUGGUGUGUCGGUUCUCCCAUGCUGACUCCUGCCUGCUUUAUUGAGGCAGGGGAGUCUUGCGCUUCGAGCGAACGUCUUAACAUCUGGCGCUGGAGCUCCCAAAGUAGGCCUGUGGUGAUGUGGCCUUGCUCCCUGUCUUGCUGCCUAGCCCUGUAGUUUUCCUGCUGACACGUACGAAAGCCGCGAAACAGAAAGACCACAAUUGGAAUACAUUAUUCCAAGUAAGCUGAUGAAGGCAGAAGCAGCUGGCAAUUCUUUUUGGAAGUUCCCUAGCUGAAGAAGCGCAGAUUUAUUUUUCUUCUUCAUCAUCAUCUUCUGGGGCUCGUGUGGGAGAGAGGUGCAGCAGGACCGGCUGGUCGUGCUGCCCCAGCUCUCAUAAAAACCACGGGCCAAGCCUGCGGCUGUUAAACUGGCUUAUGGGAAGCUGUUUUGGAUGCGAGUUUCUGUUGAGGCAGAGGAAUGGCAUUCCCCUGGGGCCCUGUUGAAAAGUUGUGUUUGUGCAUCAGACCAGCGCAUAAGCAGGGUUGCUCCGUGUGGCCGCGCCCCUGGGGUUGCGUGCGCCAGCCAGCUUUCCCCUGCAGCAUGAAUGUCUGCAGGAACACAGGAAGCCUUCGUGUUCCAUGACACGCCCUUGGUCCAUGUAGCUCAGUAUUGGCUACACUGACUGGCAGCAGCUCUCCAGGAUUUCAGGUAGGAUUCUCUCAGCCCUGUCUGGAGGAUCUAUGGGUUGAAGCUUCUGUGUGCAGGGCAAAUGCUCUAUCACUUAGCUAUGGGUCCUUCCACAUAGGAGGAGGCCUUCGAGCAUCCCUGGCAGAGAGCCAGUGUGGCGUAGUGGUUAAGAGCGGUAGUCUCGUAAUCUGGGGAACCGGGUUCGCGUCUCCGCUCCUCCACAUGCAGCUGCUGGGCGACCUUGGGCCAGUCACACUUCUUGAAGUCUCUCAGCCCCACUCACCUCACAGAGUGUUUGUUGUGGGGGAGGAAGGGAAAGGAGAAUGUUAGCCGCUUUGAGUCUCCUGAAGGGGAGUGAAAGGCGGGAUAUCAAAUCCAAACUCUUCUUCUUCUUCUUCUGGGCGUGCAGGAUGUGUGGCCGCCAGGGGAUGGCACUGUUUGGCACAUGGCACUCAGUGCCGCCUGCUCGCAUGUUGUCCUUGCUUGUGUGUAUACAGGCUCAAAGGGACCUGAGUAUUGGGCGAUGUAGGUUAAAGUGGGUCAUGGUGCAACAGCCAGCACAAGUAUUAGCUUCUCCCAGUGGCCAACUCCAUGCCUAGUGGAAACCCCUGAGUGCAACUCUCCCCAGUUGUGAUUCCCAUGUCUCCAGCGGUGCAGGUCAGACAAAGCCAACACAGUUGUCUGUCACAGGCCUCUAGCAGCUUUGCUCUCCCUCCUUUCCCAGGGAUCUACCUGAAACGGGAGAGAACACUGCCAACAAAAGCCUUUGUUUGGUCUUGGAUAUAAUCGGAAUGAGAGGGAGAGGGAGAAUAUUUUAGAUUCUUAAGUGCUUGGCGUCCUUCCAAGCCUUGUUAUAACUAAAGAACUCCAGCUUCCCACCGCCCCUUGACAGAGAGGCUUGUUGUGAGCAUGUUCAGGAAUUCCUGAGUUAACAUAACUUUUUAUAUAGCCUUGAGCAAAACUCCUCUCUCUUGAAUGUAACCGAGGUCAUCAUGAAUGGGUACAAAAAUAAAGGAAGGAGAAACAUCCCUUGCUAAUCUGAUGGGUCAGCAAUUAUAAAGGAAUGACUUUCCUUAUUGUUUUUUCCCCUGCCCCAAGCAGAAAUGCCUCUUUCCUUAUGUUAACUGUAAGGGGUUUCGGUUCUUUCUCCCGCCCCCACUCCUUUCAGUGUAGAGUUUCUUGCCUCUCCCGAAGAAUCUGGUGCUAACCAUUGUUGAGUGGGUGAGGGUUUAAACCUCUGCCAGGAAUGUUGAAUAAUCAACUUCAAAGCAACUAUUUCCCACAGUACUGCGGGUAAAGAAUACAGAGAAACCUGCAUUCAGUUCUCGGUUUUCAAGCAGGCCAAGUAAAAAGUCCAUUCAAAGCAGCUUCUUUGGCUGGAUGAGGAAUCUGCCCCACUUCACUCCCCACCAAAGCACCUUUGUAAUCCUAUUCUGCAGAGGACCAGUGCCCCAAAGCACCUACUUCACAAAGGAAGGCAUAAAAGAAUGUCGUGGACAAAAGCUUCUUUUUCUGUCCCCUGUGAAAGGUGUAACCAGAUCCCAUUUCCUGGCUAUGUGCAAGGAUCUGCUUUGAAGCUUGCAGAUCCAGUCUGUGGCAGAUGAGCUAUGGGAGGGACAUGUGUCACAUGGUCAGACCACAUGACUGUCUCACAUGCGUUUGGAAACCACUGUGUCCAGCACUUUCCAGCACACACACGCACACGGCUGUGGUGCUCAUGUGGAUUUUGCACAUGGUGCUCUCUCAUCUCUGUGCUAUACCUAUAAAGGAAAUAGUAUUCAGAGUCUUAUGUGCCCUGCCCUAUUUUGUGUUCCGCUGAUGCCAUUUACUGCGUCAGUUCUGUAGCUUUGAUUCCCAACAACGCUGGCCUUGUUCCAGAAGAUGGCAGGUGGGAUGGGGUUGCCAUUGAUUGUGGCAGAAAGGCAAGGCUUUGUGUGGUUCCUCUUUGUGCGCUGGGCUUCCAGCAGCAGCCCAGUGUGCUUGCUUGGUUGUGACUCUUACACAGAAGCAAGGAUUUGAGGUCAGUGCUCUUCACCCUCAGAGGCUGAGGGGGAAAGUUGAAGAAAAAAGUACCUACUAACUGCUGGGUCCUGCUCCUAGAAAUUAAUGCUAAAGGUUAGAAAUCAUAGAAUUGUAGGGUUGGAAGAGACCCUGAGGAUUAUCUUGUCCAAUGCAGGAAUAUGCAGUUGUCCCCAUACAGGGAUCGAACCUGCAACCUUGGCAUUAUCAGCACUAUGCUCUAAGCAACUGAGCUAGAGAGGAGAACAAAUACAGAAGCCCAGACUAGACACUGCUCUCAUGUGGUUUUCAAAUAAAAUUGUUGGCUGUUGAUCUCUUCUUGCCCUUAAUGUCUUUUGGAACUUGCAGUUUCUCUUUUUAAUCAUAAAGCUCUUUAAAAAAACAGCAAAACAGCAACACCCAAGGUUCAACUAAUUGCCCUGCUGGUGAUUCUUAAGCAGUUUGUGGCUGAUUGUUAUGGCAAUAAAAUGUGGAAGGGGGAUCUUGUUUCCAAAGCUCCUGCCUUAAGGAUCUGGAUUUUGAUUCUGCUUUGGAAAACCCAUUGUACGUCCAAGCAAGUAGCUGCAAAAGGUGACUGGCUUAAUUGUGCCCUCUCCAUAGAGGAGCUGAGGGCUUGACUCCCCUUCUGUAGGCAGCCCACCUGAAUGCUAAUGACCCCACAGCAGCUGCUGGCCAGGAGUGUAAACUGACAUUCAGUGGAAAAUGCCCCCAUUGUUUGCACAAAUUAAAGUGUAAAGAACAAAGUUCCGGAAGAAAUUAAGAGCAUAACUUGUUUACAUAGACAUCUGCCAAAUAGGAGUUCAAACAUGACCAUCUGGAGUCGUAUUACUGCUGUUCUUGAUUAUUCAGAAGAAAGAUCUGGCCGUGCAGCUGCCAGUUCCUUUCUGUCAUAGGGCAGCACUGAACUGAGUGGCUCAUGGGCCUAAGCGGGACUGGAUUAACUAUUUCGGCUGUCAGAGCGGAAGGGUCUUAGCUCAGUGGUAGAUCAUCUGUCUUGCAUACAGAAGGCCCCAGGGAGGGCUGGGAGAGACCUCCCCCUCUGAAAUCCUGAGAGCCACUACUGGUUAGAGUUGAUGAUACUAAGGUAGAAGGACCAAUGGUUUUGAUUCGGUGUAAGGCAGGUUCCUGUGUUCCUUAGAAAUUUUCAUGCCCUCAGUUUGCCAGCUGAGAGACAGGAGAAGAAGAAAAGCACUUGAAGGAAAUGAAUGCAGAUUAUCUCUGUACACUUGGUAACUUUCAGAUAAGUUGUUCUUGUUGCUGUAUUUAGCCUCCAAUUAGCCUCAUGAUCUUAAUCUAGGCCUGAGUCCAGGGCACAUGAAAUGGUGGUGUUUGAGAGCAGUGUUUGAAGUUCCCCAGGCACAUCUUGCACCUGACCAUCAACCACUUGUGACCAAAUGGAGAUUUCCGGGUACCAGGAUGGCACCUGACUUCCCCACCAUCUGGAGGUGCAUGCCUAGGGGAUAACUGAAACAUUGACUGAUUUCAAACAUAGCAGCACAUCCUGUAGAAUUCUGCCCUUUACAUUUUAUCUGCACAAUCAGAAUGAAUUUUGGGAACCAGAAUGCAUUUUCUGUGCAGCCUGAGCAGGAGCAGUCAAGAAACGUUACUGUAAAUUGUUGUGGCUUGUCUUUGCUUACCCCACUGCCCUGCUCACAGCUGUGAUGAAGAUUCUUACGUUAUGAAUGGUCUGUGUAACCAUUAAGCAAAAGAGGUAGGGAUAGGCCAAUAUAUAUGUGGACUGUCCCUGGUUAAAGUGAUUUUUCUUCUGUAAGUUCUCAACCCCUCAAGGUUAUCAUCUGAACUAGCCACAUAUUUAACUGAAAAUCACAGUCAGGCCAUCAUUUGAAAAAUAAUGCUUUAGAGCCAUCUUCCCCCAAAAUGGCAAAUAGACAUUCCAUUUUGGUGAAUGUAACCUUGGUUUAAGGAGCACUUUGGCACCUAGCUUCUGUAUUUUGAGUUUCUAGCACUGGUUUAGAAACUGUUGAUUGGCUCGUUGCUUGUGCGUUUGCCACCCUGGAAGCCUUUUGGAAGAAGAGGGGGCUAUAAAGUUAAUAAAUAAAUAAGACUUUGUUCUCUUCUUUCCUAGGAUGGCUUCUAUCACUUCUUCAACAAACAUGGCUCGGAUGCAGCUGACCAGAACAGUACCAUAAGCAAUGCUAUAAUGGCGGCAGCUGGCUUUGGCUUGGCUGGGCUGGCCUUCCUCCUGGCGGUGCGAUAA